AUGUCUGAAAGUGAUAAAGAAAGGCCCGUGGCUAGACUGGAUAAAGCACAACUAGAUGCUAUCAUGGCUACUCUCAUGAAAGAGAUGGAUAAAAAACUUGAAUUUGUUGGAGCUACUCGUUCUACUAACCCUGUCUUUGGCACAACUUCACAGGUUAGGAGACCAGCUAGGGAAAAGAGGAGAGGCAAGCGACCUGCAGUAGGAGACGAAUCUGAGGAUGAAGAUACUUCUUCUGGCCGUAGUACUGAUGGAGAACGGUCCGUGGGAUCAGCAAGAUCAGUGAGAACAGGACGUGCAGCCUCCCAAGCAAGAUCCCCUACACGCCAUGCAGCAAGGAACAGACCAGAUGAUAACCUUGGGAGUCUCAAACUUCGAAUACCAGUCUUCAGUGGAACCAGCAAUCCAGAUGCUUAUCUUGAAUGGGAAACGAAGAUUGAGCGAGUGUUUGAUUGCCAGCACUACUCAGAAACAAAGAAGGUGAAGCUUGCUGUGACAGAAUUCAGUGGGUAUGCUUUGCAUUGGUGGGAUCAGAUUGUUACUACUAGGAGAAGGACUGGAGAGCCGCCAGUUGCUUCAUGGUUUGAGCUCAAGACACUCAUGAAGAAGCGGUUUGUUCCAAACCACUAUGGUAGAGAGAUUCAUCAAAAGCUGAGGAGACUUACCCAAGGAACCAAAGGCGUGGAGGAUUACUAUCAAGAGAUGGAAAUACUCAUGAUCAAAGCGGCUGUUGAAGAAGCUUCUGAAGCUACUAUGGCUCGAUUUCAGGCUGGGCUUAACAGAGACAUCCAGGACCGCUUGGAGAUGCAGGAGUAUGAGGACAUCUAUGAAUUGCUUCACAAAGCAAUCCUCAUUGAGCAGCAACUGAAGAGAAAGUCCUCAACCAAAGGAUCCUAUGGCAACAACUACAAAGCGCCUACUACCAAAGAUGACAAGUCUUUUGUGAAACCCAAGGAAGAGCAUGAGGACAAGGGAAAGGCACCAGCUGCUAGAUCCAGGGAUGUGAAGUGCUUCAAAUGUCAUGGUUUUGGGCACUAUGCCAAUGAGUGCACCAACAAGAAAGCAAUGAUCCUCUUGGACAGUGGUGAGGUGAUAUCCGAAGAAGAAGAGGAAGCCAUAGACUAUCCAGUUCGUGGAGAACUACUUGUCACAAGGAGAUCAUUGGCAGUACAAUCCAAGCUAGAUGAAGAUAAUCAAAGGGAGAAUCUUUUUCAUACUCGUUGCAUAGUUUAUGAAAAAGUAUGCAGUUUGAUUAUAGAUGGAGGAAGCUGUACUAAUGUUGCUAGUGAAGCUCUUGUAGAAAAGCUUGGAUUGAAAACAGGGAAGCAUCCUAGGCCAUACCUUCUACAAUGGUUGAAUGAGGAGGGCGAGCUGAAGGUCACUGAUCAAGUAAUGGUUCCUAUAACCAUUGGAAGAUACCAAGAUGAGAUCGUGUGUGAUGUUCUGCCCAUGGACUCUAGCCAUAUCUUGUUGGGAAGGCCUUGGCAGUAUGAUAGAAGAGUCAUUCACGAUGGGUUCACUAACCGGCAUUCCUUCACCCACAGAGACAAGAAGAUUGUACUGGCACCUUUGUCUCCACAAGAGGUACAUGAGGAUCAACUUCAACUAAAACUUAGGCGACAAGAAGCUAAAGAGAAACCAGCUGACAAGCAAAAGAAGGAGACUAAUCUCUUAGCCAAGAGUAGUGAGAUCAAGAAAGCUUUGUGUCUUCAACAAUCUAUGCUUUUAUUUGUUUUUAAAGGUGCACUAAUGUCUUCUUCUGACCCUGCACCGGUUCUACCGAGUGAACUUGAGUUUCUUUUGCAGGAUUAUGGUGAUGUCUUUCCAGACGAGAGCCCAAAAGGACUUCCUCCCAUGCGUGGGAUUGAACACCAAAUAGACUUGGUCCCUGGAGCUUCUCUCCCAAACCGCCCUGCCUAUAGAACCAACCCUGAAGAAACAAAAGAGCUACAGAAGCAAGUAGAUGAGCUCAUUGAGAAAGGACAUAUCCGAGAGAGCAUGAGCCCUUUUUAUUUUGAUGAUAUUUUGAUCUACAGCAAGAGUAUGGCUGAGCAUGUGCAUCACUUGAAAUCUGUGUUAGAAGUGCUUAGGAAAGAAUCCUUGUUUGCUAACUUUAAGAAAUGCACUUUUGGGACAGAUCACCUUGUUUUUCUAGGAUUUGUUGUAACAGCACAGGGAAUCAGAGUGGAUGAGGAAAAGGUUAAAGCUAUCCGAGACUGGCCUAGUCCUAAGAGUGUGAGCGAGGUGAGAAGUUUCCAUGGUCUUGCCGGCUUUUAUAGAAGAUUUGUGAAGGAUUUUAGCACCAUAGCUGCACCACUCACUGAAGUCAUCAAGAAGGAUGUGGGUUUCAAGUGGGAGAAGGCGCAAGAGGAGGCUUUUCAAAACCUGAAAGGGAAGUUGACUAAUGCUCCUUUGCUAGUUCUUCCAGAUUUUACUAAGACCUUUGAAAUUGAAUGUGAUGCUUCUGGUGUAGGUAUUGGAGCUGUGCUGAUGCAGGAGAAGAGACCCAUAGCAUAUUUCAGUGAGAAACUAAGUGGAGCCAUGCUGAACUACCCAACUUAUGACAAGGAACUCUAUGCUUUGAUUAGAGCACUCCAAACUUGGCAGCACUAUCUCUGGCCAAAGGAGUUUGUUAUACACACUGAUCAUGAGUCCUUGAAACACCUGAAGGGACAGCACAAGCUCAACAAGAGACACGCCAGAUGGGUAGAGUUCUUGGAAACCUUUCCUUAUGUGAUUCACUAUAAACAAGGUAAAGAAAACAUUGUGGCUGAUGCACUCUCCAGAAGGGAAGCACAUGGAGGAGGAUUGAUGGGGCACUUUGGAGUUGCCAAGACACUCGCCCACCUGAAAGAGCACUUUUACUGGCCGACCAUGAGAAGAGAUGUGGAGAGAGUAUGCAGCAGAUGUGUUACUUGCACCCAAGCCAAAGCCAAGUGUUGA